AUGUCAUACCCUAUUAAUGCCAGGGUCCACAAAUACUAUUCAAACUUAAUAGCAAUCGAACAUUAUAAUAUCUUUGAGGUCGCUCAUGAUAAGAUUGUUAUCUUUCUUGGAGGGUUAGGAGACGGUAUUACAACAGUGCCUUACGUGCGCCAUCUGGCGGUUGAACUUGAUAAACAUGGAUGGGGUUUAGUGGAAAUCCUCACUACUUCUUCUUAUACAGGUUGGGGAACUGGAUCCUUGGUGAGAGAUGCAUUGGAGAUAACAAAAGCUAUUCGUUAUUUUAAGAGCAAAACAGGAGGCUCCAAAGCGAAGAUUGUGGUGAUGGGCCACUCGACCGGUACCCAACAAACCAUGUAUUAUCUUACCCAGCAAUACAGCACUGAUACAAAUGACCUUGAAAAAAGACCGCAAAUUGACGGAGCUAUAUUACAAGCGCCAUGUUCGGAUCGGGAAGCUUAUGAAUUACUAAAUGGACGGCACGUCUACGAAGAAUAUUUGAAGUUUGCCAAGGAGUGGGUUCAUCGAGGAAAUGGUAAUGAAGUACUACCCCAAAGGUUUGCAGAAACAUUUUUUAACACUUCUGUCAAUGCUAACCGAUGGGUAUCACUUAUGGAUGUAAGAGGUGGUGAUGAUUACUUUUCGUCAGAUUUGAAUGCCAAUGACCACCGCACAACAUUUGGUAAGGUACGGAGUAAAUUAUUAGUUGUUUUUUCAGGGAAUGAUCAGUUUGUGCCUGGAACGGUCGACAAAGAUAUGCUGGUGAGACAAUGGCAAUCUGCCACCGUACCAGAAUUAUGGAGUGCUCACUCAGGCGUUGUCAAGGGUGCAACCCAUGAAGUUGGCCAAGAGUCUGAACCUGGGGCCAGGGAAGAGCUCAUAUCCCGCGUCUGUGCAUUUCUGACAAAUGAAGUCGACGGACAAUAA